AGCUCCGUUUACCUAGAGUGUAACUGACAGAAAGCCCAGCCUGGAGUUUGUCGGCGCUGAUGGUGAAUAGCCACUGCUGCGGUGACGGCCGGAGGAGAAGAAGCCGCAAAAGGAGUCAGCAGUGGCAGAGGAGUGACAGUUUGGACUUAGUCUUAUAGAUUUAGCAGUAUUACAUCUACCAUCGGAUUUUUACAAACCUAAAAGGGAAGGGAAGGGAGGAAUAAGGAAAGAUGGCGGCCGCGGCCUCGCCGGGCUCGGGCUCGUCCACCUCCUCAGACUGGAUUGUACUGAGAGACGGUUGCCUGCGUUGCGACGAGGAGGGCCUGCUAAGCCUGUCCUACCACCCGGCCCUCAACGCUAUCUUGGCCGUCACCAGCCGCGGCAGUAUCAAAGUAAUUGACGGCACUUCGGGGGCCAUUCUUCAGGCUUCAGCAUUGCACGCUAAACCUGGUGGCCGUGUCAGGUGUCAGUACUUUCCCGCAGUGGACAAGGUGCUCUUCGUGGACGACUAUGCAGUUGGAUGCAGGAAAGACCUGAAUGGCAUCCUGCUCCUGGACACAGCCCUCCAGCCACCAGUGGCAAAACCUGAGGAUAUGGUUCAGCUGGAGCUACCGGUCACAGAGGCCCAGCAGAUACUGUCAGCCUGCCAGGAAAAGAUUGAUGUGUCAAACACUGAGGGUUACGAACUUUUUAUCACCCAGCUGAAAGAAGGCCUGAAGAAUACCUCACAUGAGACAGCAGCUAAUCACAAAGUGGCCAAGUGGGCAACAGUGACCUUCCAUCUUCCCCACCAUGUGCUGAAGCUCGUGGCUAGUGCCAUUGUCAACGAGCUGAAGAAGAUAAACCAGAACGUAGCUGCCUUGUCUGUGGCCUCAUCCAUCAUGGACAGGCUCUCCUACCUCUUGUCAAGCGCCAGGCCUGAGCUUGGGGUGGGCCCUGGGCGCUCUGUAGAUAGAUCCCUGAUGUACAGCGAGGCCAACAGGAGGGAAACAUUCACAUCGUGGCCACAUGCUGGGUACAGGUGGGCUCAGCCUGAUCCAAUGGCACAAGCAGGGUUUUACCACCAGCCUGCCUCAUCAGGGGAUGACAGAGCCAUGUGUUUCACCUGUAGCGUGUGCCUGGUCUGUUGGGAACCAACAGACGAACCUUGGUCUGAACAUGAGCGGCAUUCUCCCAAUUGCCCAUUUGUGAAGGGAGAGCACACACAGAACGUCCCACUGUCGGUGACACUGGCAACAACACCCGCACAGUUUCCAAACAGCCCUGAUAGUUCAGACAAGAUUGCUUGCUAUGGUUUUGGCAGCUGCCCACAGUUCCUGGCUGCUGCCACCAAGAGGGGCAAGAUUUGCAUCUGGGAUGUCUCUAAAAUGAUGAAGGUGCACUUGAAGUUUGACAUCAACCCAUAUGACCCAGCCAUUCUGAGACAGUUGAUCCUGUCCAGUGGUGAGCAGGGCCAGCAUGCACUAACCGAGUCUCGGAGACCAACUUUGGCAUGGUUAGAAGAGUCAUCCUCCUGCUCCGAUUUACCCAAACUCGAGGGAGAUAGCGAUGACCAGUUGGAGGAUUCAGACAGUGAUGAGCAUUCCCGGUCAGAGUCAGUACCAGGCCAGCCGUCCCAGUGGGAGAGCAUGGAUGUGAGCCUAGGAGUGACGGCACUGAGUGUGCUUCAACAGCCUGAGAAGCUCCAAUGGGAGGUAGUAGCCAGUGUGUUGGAGGAUACUGUUAAGGACCUGGAGGAACUAGGUGCCAACCCCUCAUUAAACCAAACAAAGAUUCAUAACCAGGCCAAAACAAAGGACAAGGCCCCUGACCACCACAACAUUCCCUUUCCCUGCCUGUUGGCUGGAGGCCUGCUCAGCUAUCGCUCAGCAUCCAGUGUCCCCAUGGUUCGACCUACAACCACAACCACAGCUACAACACGCAGGACUGCAGAUGGUCCACUUAGGACUCAUGGGACCGAGCCCUUUCACCCUGGACCUCUACAGGAACAGGGUCCUAUGGAGAUAGAGACUUGUAAUCCUCAAACUGCAGCACAAGAGCAGGGUUUCUCUAACUUAGCAGGUUCCCAACCUGCUAGCCCCUCUUCUCUGCCAGCUGUACGCAGGACUAUACCCGUGCUGCUGCUGUACAGUAUCAGAGAAGUAGAUGACAAGUCCUCAGGACAAGUCUUUGCUCAGAUGAAUAACCUAAUGAGCAAGGGGCUCCAUGAGGAGGGCUUCACUGUGCCACAAAUCAUUGAGAUGGAGUUUGACACCCACGAGCAGCUUCUUCUUCAGGACCCCCCCAUCACUUAUAUUCAGCAGUUUGCUGAUGCUGCCAAUCUGGCAGGGUUGGAUGGGCAUAUGGAAAAAUGGAGCACACUGGCUGCAGCAACAGCCUCCACUCCGCCUCGACCUGGAGCACUGGUACAGUGCUUGAGGCUGCCCAAACAGCUCGAGGAGGAGAAUCUCUAUGUGGACUCGAUAACACCCUGCUGGGAUGGUGUGCACCUGCUGGUUGCCCUGCAGCCCUGUGGCUCUGAGUCUCUGAGUGCUACAAACCAAGUAGAAGCUCUUAACAAUCUCAACCGCCUGCACUCUGCACUCUGCAGCCAACGAAAAGCAGACCCCUCACAUCCAGUUGCGAAUGGGGUGGAAGGCCACCACCCAGGGGGAUCGCCACCACAGACACCGCUCAUCCUUCCCCCAGGAGACCAGCAGCAGCAAAGGUCCCCAAGUGAUGAGAGUGGAGGCGGAUAUCUUGCACUAUACAAGCUCAACUAUUCCACCCGUAUUGUCACCUUGAAUGAGGAACCUAUCAAAGUACAGCAGAUCUGGGACUCUCGGGAUGCCAUUACCUCACUUAUUUUGCUUCCCCCUGAUGUGCUUGACAGCAGGGAAGAUGACAGUGAAGAGGCUCCUGAGGAGGCUCUCCCAACAACUCCAAAAAAUAGUGCUUCUGGGCGUGGAACAGGUCCGUCAGGCUCUGCUGAAUCUGGAACUGGGACUGCAUGUGGAGCAGCUACCAACAGCAGCAGUGCUACUGUUACCAGUCCCUCCACCUCUGCAUCCACCCACAAAGACUCCAAGCGGCUGGAGGUGACAGGCCUGGGCCACCUGGUGGUAACCACACGGGCUGGGUUUAUUAUGAUACUGGACCUGUCCACACUAGAGGUCCUGGCUAAGGUGGAGCCACCCAAAAAGGAGGGGUCAACAGAGGAGACGGACCCCUUUGUCUCAGUUACCUAUUGCUCUGGGACAGAUCGCCUUUGUGCCUGCACCAAAGGUGGAGAACUUCAUUUCCUUCAAAUUGGAGGUGUGUGUGAAGAUGUAGAUGACGGAGACAUGUUUAUUGAUGGCCCCCUUUCUAAAGGGGCUGAACUGCUGCUUGAGGGGGCCAAGCCCUCCUCUAACCCUUCUAGUCCCGGGAUCACAGGAGUGGACCUACUGGUGGACCAACCACUGACCACAGAGAUUCUGAUGUCCCUGGUAGAGCUGACACGCUUUGAGACUUUGACCCCACGCUUCUCAGCCACAGUUCCCCCAUGCUGGGUGGAGGUGCAGCAGGAGCAACAACAGCGACGCCACCCACAGCACCUUCAUCAGCAGCACCAUGGAGAUGCAGCCCAGCACACGCGUACUUGGAAACUUCAAAGUGACAGCUCUAGCUGGGAUGAGCAUGUGUUUGAACUGGUGCUGCCUAAGGCCUGCAUGGUGGGCCAUGUGGACUUUAAGUUUGUCUUGAAUGCCAACAUCGUCAACAUUCCUCAGAUCCAGGUCACUCUGCUGAAAAACAAAGCACCUGGGCUGGGCAAAGUCAGUGAAACAGCUGUGGACAGGCAGAUCUCGUUCCCUCUUUCCAAUGUCCUUCAUGCAAAUGGGGAAAGAAAUGGCCAACCUGUAAUGCAAGACUUCACAGAGGACAUCCAGUUCAUGGACAUAGAGGAGACAUCAGGCUCCAUGUUGUGUCCAUUCCUGGAAGACCACAAGGAGGACAUCCUGUGUGGUCCAGUGUGGCUGGCCAGUGGGCUAGACCUCUCUGGCCAUGCUGGUAUGCUCAGCCUCACUAGCCCCAAGCUGGUAAAAGGCAUGGCAGGAGGGAAGUACCGCUCUUUCCUGGUUCACAUCAAAGCAGUAAGUGAUAAGGGCACGGAGGAGAAUCCCCGCCCCGUGGUGAGAAUGCCUAGUUCCAAGCCUCAGGGCACCAAAGCGCACUCACUGUCAACCCUCCUUCAAAGGGCUCAGGCUUCUAAGGAGAAAGUCUCCACAGUGAAGACGGAAACCUCAGCUCCAUCAAAGAAAGUAGAAAACCUGCGAGGAUGCGACCUGCUUCAGGAAGUUUCAGUCACAAUCAGAAGGUUCAAGAAGACGUCAAUUCCCAAAGAAAGGGUCCAACGCUGUGCAAUGCUGCAGUUCCCAGACUUCCACGAGAAGCUGCUGGAUGCACUGUGUCGGCGAACAGAGGGGGGCCCAGCCACUGAGCAUGCCCAGAGCCUCAUCCUAGAUAUCUUGUGCUGGCUGGCUGGGGUCUUCUCCAAUGGACCUUGCAGCCUAAAAGAAGGAAAGGAGAGUCUGCUGGUGAAAACCAGGACGAGGCUUACGGAUAUUGUACGGGUGUGUUUCUUUGAGGCUGGCCGGAGUAUAGCACACAAAUGUGCUCGCUUUCUUGCACUUUGCAUUAGUAAUGGGAAAGGAGAACCAAGUCAGCAGGGUUUUGGCGUGAGCCUUCUGAAGGCUCUGCUGGACAACAUGCCUUACUUGCCUGCAGCAGCAACUGGUGGCUCAGUGUUCUGGUACUUUGUGUUGUUAAAUUACGUGAAGGAGGAGGACCUGGCAGACUGCAGCACUGCUUGUGCCUCACUGCUCACCACCAUCUCUCGACAGCUGCAGGACCGCCUCACACCACUGGAGGCCCUGCUGCAGACCAGGUACGGACUGUACAGCUCUCCGUUUGACCCGGUGCUCUUUGACUUGGAGGUCAGCGGUUCCUCAUGUAAGAAUGCUUUCAACAGCAGCAUCGGAGUGCAGUCUGAUGAGAUCGACCUCUCCGACAUACUCUCAGGGAAUGGAAAAGUGAGUAGCUGUGCAGCAGCAGAAGGCAGCUUCACAGCAUUAACAGGACUCUUGGAGGUGGAACCUUUGCACUUUACUUGUAUCUCCACCAGUGAUGGCACACGGGUGGAGCGAGAUGACGCCAGCAUGUUCACUGUGAGUACAUUUGGUGUGACCCCAACAGUGGGCGGCCUGUCAACGGGAACGGUCGGAGAAGCUUCUACGGCUCUGAGUUCUGCAGCUCAGGUGGCUCUCCAGUCGUUGUCUCAUGCUAUGGUGUCAGCAGAGCAGCAGCUGCAGGUCCUGCAGGAGAAGCAACAGCAGCUGCUGAAGCUGCAGCAGCAGAAGGCCAAGCUGGAGGCUAAGCUGCAUCAGACCACCUCAGCAGCAGCUGCUGCCUCAGGCGUGGGACCUAUACACAACUCUGUGCCUUCAAACCCUUCCUCCGCGCCAGGCUUUUUCAUUCAUCCUUCUGAUGUCAUCCCCCCAACACCUAAAACCACACCCCUCUUCAUGACCCCUCCUCUCACGCCCCCCAAUGAGGUGGUUUCUGCAGCCUUCAGUGCUGAGCUGGCUCACCUGUUCCCUGGUUCCAUGAUGGACCCUGGGCCUGUCAACCUGGCUGCACACAAGAACACACAGAAAGCCAAACCAAGCCCAAUGGGCAGUGGUCUGGCUUUGGCCAUUUCCCAGGCAUCUCACUUCCUGCAGCCUCCUCCACAUCAGUCAAUCAUCAUAGAGCGGAUGCACUCGGGAGCUCGCCGUUUUGUAACUCUGGACUUUGGCCGUCCUGUUUUGCUGACGGAUGCUCUGAUCCCCACUUGUGGUGACCUGGCCUCUCUGUCCAUAGACAUCUGGACUCUGGGUGAGGAGGUGGAUGGCCGCAGGCUGGUGGUGGCCACAGACAUCAGCACCCACUCCCUCAUUCUGCAUGACCUGCUGCCACCACCUGUUUGCAGGUUCAUGAAGAUCACUGUGAUUGGGCGCUAUGGCAGCACCAAUGCUCGUGCUAAGAUUCCACUGGGCUUCUACUAUGGCCACACUUAUAUCCUGCCUUGGGAGAGUGAACUGAAGCUGAUGCAUGAUCCUCUUCGGGGAGAGAGCGAAGCUGCCAGUCAGCCAGAUGUGGAUCAACACCUGACCAUGAUGGUGGCUUUGCAGGAGGACAUCCAGUGCAGGUAUAAUCUAGCUUGCCAUCGGCUGGAGACCCUUCUGCAGAACAUCGACCUGCCACCUCUCAACAGCGCCAACAACGCCCAGUACUUCUUAAGAAAACCAGAUAAGGUUGUUGAGGAAGAUCAGCGUGUUUUCUCAGCCUACCAGGACUGCAUCCAGCUGCAGCUACAGCUAAACCUGGCUCACCAUGCGGUUCAGCGGUUGCUUGUAUCACUGGGUACCAGCCGCAAAUCACUCCCAACAGCUGGGGCUCCGGAAGCAAAGGAGCUAGUUCACAACUCCUCCACGGAGCAACUGAGGACCAUCAUCCGCUACUUGCUGGACACACUGCUGAGCCUGCUGCAUUCCAAUAAUGGCCAUUCUGUCCCCUCGGUGCUCCAGAGCACAUUCCAUGCCAAGGCCUGUGAGGAGCUCUUCAAACAUCUUUGCAUCAGUGGGACGCCCAAGAUCCGUCUUCAUGCCGGCCUGCUGCUGGUGCAGCUUUGUGGAGGCGAGCGCUGGUGGGGCCAGUUCCUCUCUAAUGUACUGCAGGAGCUCUACAACUCUGAACAGCUGCUCAUCUUUCCCCAGGACAGGGUAUUCAUGCUCCUGUCAUGCAUUGGCCAAAGAUCCCUGAGUAACAGCGGUGUGUUGGAAGGCCUUCUGAAUCUCCUGGACAGCCUCCUGUCUCCACUGCAGCAGCCACAAGCUGCCGCUCAGCGCAGAACUGAAGGUGUUUUGGAUAUUCCCAUGAUCAGCUGGGUAGUGAUGUUGGUCUCCAGACUGUUGGACUAUGUAGCAAGUAUCGAAGAUGAGGCCUCAGGAGGGAAGAAGCACCUGGGAGGGAAAGAGCGGGAACGACCUGUAACAGGUAUUCAGUGGAGUUUCAUAAAUAACAGCCUCCAGUCUCAGAACUCCAGCAGGUCAGCCAAAGGCGGCAGCAGCCUGGAUCGCCUGUACUCACGCAAAAUCCGUAAGCAGCUUGUCCAUCACAAGCAGCAGCUAAAUCUAUUGAAAGCAAAACAGAAAGCUCUGGUGGAGCAGAUCGAGAAGGAGAAGAUCCAGAGCAACAAAGGCUCCUCCUACAAACUGUUGGUGGAACAAGCCAAGCUGAAACAAGCUACAUCCAAGCACUUUAAAGACCUGAUCCGUCUGCGGCGGACAGCUGAAUGGCCCCGUUCCACAUUGGAUACAGAGUCCACAACAGCCAAAGAAGCCCCAGAAGUAGAACCUCUGCCCUUCACUUUAUCUCAUGAACGCUGUAUCUCUGUGGUGCAGAAGCUGGCCCUCUUUCUCCUCUCCAUGGAUUUCACCUGCCAUGCUGAUCUGCUGCUCUUUGUCUGCAAAGUCCUGGCUAGGAUAGCCAACGCCACAAGGCCCACAAUCCACUUGUGCGAAGUGGUGUCCGAGCAGCAGCUAGAACGCCUGCUUCUCUUGCUUGUGGGAACGGAUUUUAACCGGGGGGACAUCUCCUGGGGAGGCGCCUGGGCACAGUAUUCCCUCACGUGUAUGCUACAGGACAUCCUGGCAGGUGAACUGCUGUCUCCAGGCUCUCUAGAUGUCAUGGAUGAGGUGGUGGUGGGUGAGGAAGCCGGGACAUCGUCCUCCUCAGCGGGAGCAGAUUCGGAGGACUCGCUGUCCCAGACGGCACCCAUCCCCCUGGUAGAGAGCAUUGAUGAAGCCCUUGUGCCUGAUAUCAUCGCAGGUACUACUGGGACCUCCUCAGUAUUCCAAAGUGCUCCACCUCUGUCAUCUUUGGAAAAAGAUAAAGACAUAGACUUUGACUUGCUACAAGACCUGAUGGAUGUUGAUAUUGAUCCUUUAGAUAUUGAUUUGGAAAAAGAUCCACUUGCUGCCAAAGUGUUUAAGCCCAUCAGCAGCACCUGGUAUGACUACUGGGGUGCUGACUAUGGCACAUAUGGGUACAACCCAUACAUUGGAGGGGUUGGUAUCCCAGUGUCCAAACCUCCAGUUGUUACUGAAAAGCCGGGGUCGCAGGGUCUGUCAGUGUCCGUGUCACAGGCACUGGAUGCCCGACUAGAAGUGGGCCUGGAGCAGCAGGCUGAGCUGAUGCUCAAAAUGAUGGCAACUCUACAAGCGGACUCCAUUCUACAAGCACUAACUUCCAGUUCAUCCACAGUGAGCCAAUCUUCCAAUGGGACUGAUGACUCCCUGCUCAGAGCUCUCCAUAGUGGAGGCUCUCCCCCAAACAGCGGCCUGAUAGUCCAGCCCUCAUCCAUCCCAAUUCUGAGUGCCUGCUUCAACAAGCUCUUCUCCAUGCUGCUGGUCCACCAUGUACAGCUGGAAUCCCUGCUGCAGCUCUGGCUAACGCUCAGUCUAAACACUUGUUCUGGGGGCAGUGAGGAAAGCGGGUCUGACAUCUUUCUGUUCAAUGCCAGCCGAGUGCCCACCAUCCCGCUCAACCAAGCAUCCAUCAGCAGUUUCCUAACCGUGCUGGCAUGGUACCCCAACACUUCCCUGAGAACAUGGUGUCUGGUUCUGCACUCUCUCACUCUGAUGACUAAUAUGCCAGCUUGCGUCUCCAACAACGGGAUGAGCUCUCAGGAAAGCACAGCUCAGCAGAUGGUGUCUGAUCACAACCUGAUCCAUGUCUUGGUGCGCUUCCUGUCUGGCAGCAGCACCAAUGGGACAAGCCAACACAGCUCUCAGGUGGGACCAACUGCCACCCAGGCCAUGCACGAGUUCCUGAGCCGCCUGCAGGUUCACCUGUCCUCCACAUGUCCACAGAUGUUCAGCGAGUUCCUGCUCAAACUCAUGCACAUCUUGUCUACUGAGAGGGGUCCAUUCCAGUCAGGCCAGGGUCCAUUGGACGCCCAGGUGAAGCUGCUUGAGUUUACUCUAGAGCAAAAUUUUGAGGUGGUGUCAGUGGCCACUAUCACCUCAGUUAUUGAGUCCAUCACGUUCUUGGUUCACCACUACAUUACCUGCUCAGAUAAAGUGGUUUCACGCAGUGGCUCAGACAGCUCAGUGGGAGCCAGAGCUUGUUUUGGGGGUCUGUUUGCCAACAUAAUCCGGCCAGGAGACGCAAAGGCAGUCUGUGGAGAAACCACACGUGACCAGCUAAUGUUUGAUCUUCUCAAGCUGGUGAAUGUGCUGGUGCAACUGCCUUUGUCUGGAGACAGAGAGUUCAGCGGGCGGCUGCCACCAUCAGGCAGUGGAGCAGCUGAUAGCAGUGUGUCUGAUGAAGAGAAGGUCUGUGGCAGCAAAGAAAGUGUUGCUGGUGGAUCAGCAUCCAAUCAGGGCCCUCCUGCAGGUGUGGCUGAUCUGGUGCUUGCCAAUCAGCAGAUAAUGAGCCAGAUCUUGUCUGCACUGGGCCAGUGCAACAGCAGCGCCAUGGCCAUGAUCAUAGGAGCCAGCGGUCUCCACCUGACUAAACAUGAGAACUUCCACGGUGGCCUAGAUGCCAUCUCAGUGGGUGACGGCCUCUUCACCAUCCUUACCACUCUGAGCAAGAGAGCCACCUCAGUCCAGGUCAUGCUACAGCCCAUCCUCACUUACAUGGCUUGUGGUUAUAUGGGCAGACAGGGAUCGCUCUCCACCUGUCAACUGUCAGAGCCUCUUCUGUGGUUCAUUCUUCGAGUGUUGGACACCAGUGAGGCUCUUAAGGCCUUCCACGACAUGGGAGGUGUCCAGUUGAUCUGUAACAACAUGGUGACCAGCACUAGAGCCAUUGUGAACACGGCACGCAGCAUGGUGUCCACUAUCAUGAAAUUCUUAGAUACAGGUCCAGGAAAGACGGCAGAUGGAAACCUCAAAGCCAGAGUGAUGACAUCGGAGCCGGACAAUGCUGAGGGACUCCACAAUUUUGCUCCUUUAGGCACUAUCACAUCCAGCAGCCCAACAGCACAGCCUGCAGAGGUCCUCCUCCAGGCCACCCCUCCACACCGACGGGCCCGCUCCGCAGCCUGGUCUUACAUCUUCUUGCCGGAGGAGGCCUGGUGUGAUCUCACCAUCCAUCUUCCAGCUGCUGUGCUGCUGAAGGAGCUCCAUAUCCAGCCACACCUAGCUUCUUUAGCCACCUGUCCCUCCUCGGUCUCAGUGGAGAUCAGUGCUGAUGGGGUCAACAUGUUGCCACUGUCCACGCCAGUCAUCACCAGUGGCUUGACGUACAUUAAGAUCCAGCUGGUGAAAGCAGAGGUUGCUUCGGCUGUUUGUCUGAGGUUACACCGUCCUCGUGAUGCCAGCAACCUGGGUCUCUCUCAGAUCAAACUCUUGGGUCUGACAGCAUUUGGUAACACCUCCUCUGCAACAGUCAAUAACCCCUUUCUGCCUUCUGAGGACCAGGUCUCCAAAACCAGCAUUGGUUGGCUGCGUCUUCUCCACCACUGCCUGACCCAUGUCAGCGACUUGGAAGCCAUGAUGGCCAGUGCUGCAGCACCCACUGCCAACCUGCUGCAGACCUGCGCCGCGCUGCUCAUGUCACCAUACUGUGGCAUGCACUCACCCAACAUUGAGGCUGUGCUAGUCAAGAUCGGCUUGCAGUCCACGCGCAUUGGACUCAAACUCAUCGACAUUCUGCUGAGAAACUGUGCUGCGUCUGGCACCGACCCUGCCAAUUUGAACAGUCCUCUGCUGUUUGGACGACUUAACGGCCUCUCCUCAGAUUCCACCAUAGACAUUCUAUACCAGCUGGGCACCACACAGGACGCAGGGACCAAAGACAGAAUCCAGGCUCUUCUGCAGUGGGUCCAUGACUCUUCCCGUGUGGCAGCCCAUAAGAUGAGUGGUCCGAUGGGAUACACCGGGCAUGCUUCUGGCUCUUCCUCUGCUUCAUCAAGGGAGUAUGGUCUCCUUAUGCCAUCGCCCUCCCACCUCCACUGUGUGGCAGCCAUCCUCUGGCACAGCUAUGAGUUGCCUGUUGACUACGACCUGCCUACACUGCUUAACAGAGAGCUCUUUGAGUUGCUGUAUAACUGGUCCAUGUCGCUGCCAUGCAACAUUGUGCUGAAGAAGGCUGUAGACAGCUUGUUGUGUUCCAUGUGUCACAUCCAUCCCAGCUACUUCUCCUUGCUAAUGUCCUGGAUGGGGAUUGUCUCGCCACCCAGUGCCACUCACUCUCAGGCUCAGCAACGACGUCUUGCCAUGACUGAUGAUGGCAAAAAGCAGCAUGAUGCUAACACCACUGCGGCGGGACUUACCGAUGACUCCAAGCAUGCCAGGCCACACGUUAAUCUGUCAGAGUCCCAGCUAACCACACUAGCGGCUGCCUCCCAGUCACCAGGAGCAAUAGAGCAGCUGCUGGAUUCAGGCUUGCCCUCGCUGUUGGUUCGCAGCUUGGCUCAGUUCUGUUUCAGCCUCCUGGCCAGUGCAGACCUGCCUUUGCCCGCUGGUCAGGCCGAGAGACGACACCAUCAUCACCACUUUCACUCGUCCUCACUCAAUCGCCCGCCUCUCUCGGCAGAGCUGGCUGCUCCAGUGCUCCGGUUUCUCACAGAAGUAGGCAACAGUCACACCAUGAAGGACUGGCUGGGAGGACCAGAGGUCAACCCACUGUGGACAGCGCUGCUGUUCCUACUGUGCCACUCCAGUGCCAGUGCUGGGGCCAAUGCUAGCUGUCAGCCUGGAUUUGCUGCAGGUUCUCCUCCAUCCCAACCUCAGCCUUUAGGGUCACGCUUUUCCUUGGCCUCCUCAGGGCAGACAGGAGGGCUCACCACCCAGCAGAGGACAGCACUGGAGAAUGCCACUGUGGCCUUCUUUCUCCAGUGUAUCUCCUGCCACCCUAACAACCAGCGGCUUAUGGCACAGGUUCUCUGUGAACUCUUCCAAUCAGCACCUCAGCGAGGCAAUGUACCCGUCUCUGGAAACAUCUCAGGCUUCAUUCGAAGACUGUUUCUGCAGCUCAUGCUGGAGGAUGAGAAGGUCACAGUCUUCCUACAGUCUCCCUGUCCGUUAUACAAAGGACGGAUCAAUGCGACCAGCCACAUGAUCCAGCAUCCCAUGUAUGGAGCAGGCCACAAGUACCGCACCCUUCAUCUACCAAUUUCCACCACAUUGGCUGAAGUCUUGGACCGGGUUUCUGAUACACCCAGCAUUACUGCCAAAUUGAUCAAUGAGCAGAAAGAGGAUAAGGAGAAGAAGAAUCAUGAAGAGAAAGAGAAGAUGAAGGCAGACAAUGGCUUCCAGGACAACUACAGUGUUGUAGUAGCCUCAGGCUUAAAGUCCCAAUCAAAACGAGCUCUUUCCACCCCUCCCCGGCCUCCAUCAAGGAGAGGCCGUGUCAUGAGUGACAAGUUAACUGCUUCAUCCAGUGUGGAUCCUUCAGCUAAAACCAUCAGUGUCCCUGUCUUCCACCUCUACCACAAGCUGCUUCCAGGUCAGCCACUCCCACCUGAGAUGACCCUGGCUCAGCUACUCACACUUCUGUAUGACCGCAAGCUGCCGCAGGGCUACCAGUCCAUCAACCUGACAGUGAAACUGGGCUCCAAGGUCAUCUCUGACCCCAGCCUUUCAAAGACUGACUCGUUCAAGAGACUUCGCACUGAGAAAGUGGAUCACUGUGACAUCCUGAAUAGCUGCCCUGAGGAUGAACCAAUGAUGCCUAGUGAAGAAUGUCUGGAUGCCGCAGCUGAUGAGUCCCUGCUGGAGACGAGCCCCAUUCAGUCACCUCUGCAAGUCUUUGCUGGCAUGGGGGGCCUGGCCCUGAUAGCGGAGAGGCUACCCAUGCUAUACCCCGAUGUCAUUCAGCAGGUCAGCGCUCCUGUGGUUCCCUCCAGCACACAGGAGAAGCCCAAGGACAGCGACCAGUUUGAGUGGGUGACCAUAGAGCAGUCGGGUGAGCUGGUGUAUGAGGCACCAGAGUCCAUUGCAGCUGAGCCACCGCCCAUCAACAAACAACAGUCCCAGACAUCCUCAUCGUCAUCAUCCUCAGUGCAGACCAUGUCGCCCAUUCCUGCCCACUCACUGGCAGCUUUUGGCCUCUUCCUGCGCCUGCCAGGUUAUGCAGAGGUGUUGCUAAAGGAGAGGAAGCACGCCCAGUGUCUGCUGCGCCUGGUGCUGGGUGUCACAGAUGAUGGAGAAGGCAGUCACAUCCUGCAAUCUCCAUCAGCCAACGUGCUCCCCACACUACCAUUCCAUGUCCUGCGAGCACUGUUCAGCAGCACCCCUCUGACCACAGACGACGGUGUGCUUCUGCGUCGCAUGGCUCUGGAAAUCGGUGCCAUCCACCUCAUUCUGGCCUGUCUGUCAGCUCUGAGCCACCACGCCCCUCGCAACCCCAAUGCCAAUACCAGCGUCUCUGAGCCACAGAUAUCCAGCUGUCAUGGUGGGGGGACCAGUGAGGAGCAACAGCUGUACUGGGCUAAAGGAACGGGUUUUGGUACUGGAUCUACAGCGUCCGGCUGGGACGUAGAGCAGGCCCUCACCAAGCAACGGCUAGAGGAAGAGCAUGUCACUUGUCUACUCCAGGUCUUGGCAAGCUAUAUCAACCCAGCAGGCUCAAGUGGCUGCCACAUUGCUGAUGCCUCUUCAACCGCCAGCAGAGCUCACAACAGUUCAGCACUGCCAGCAGUGCUGCUGGAGCUGCUGAGCCAGUCCUGCCUCAUUCCCGCCAUGUCCUCCUACCUACGCAACGACUCAGUUCUAGAUAUGGCACGCCACGUCCCCCUCUAUCGAGCACUACUGGAGCUGCUGAGGGCCAUUUCUACCUGCACGGCACUGGUUCCUCUGCUGCUGCCUCUGACUGGAGACCCAGGCCAGGAUGAGGAAGAAGAGGAUGAAGAGCAUGCUGAGGGCCAAACCUCUGUUGGGAUGCUGUUGGCAAAGAUGAAAACAUGCGUUGACACAUACACCAAUCGCCUCAGGUCAAAGAAAGAUAAAAGUAAAGGUGUGGCAAAAUCAGAGAGCUCAGACCCAGAGCCCGAGGGUUUGACUCUGCUGGUGCCUGACAUCCAGAGGACAGCUGAGAUAGUCUACGCUGCUACUACAAACCUACGGCAGGCCAACCAGGAGAAGAAACUAGUGGAGUCUUCAAGGAAGGUGUCAAGCCGGCCGAAGCCCCUGUCCGUACUCCGCUCUCUGGAGGAAAAAUAUGUAGCUGCCAUGAAAAAACUACAGUUUGACACCUUUGAAAUGGUAUCAGAAGAUGAGGAUGGAAAGCUGAUGUUCAAGGUGAACUACCACUACAUGUCUCAGGUGAAGAACGCCAGUGAUACAAACAGCGCAGCCAGAUCUCGCCGCCUUGCCCAAGAGGCCGUCACUCUCUCCACCUCUCUGCCUCUGUCUGCUUCUUCCAGUGUCUUUGUCCGUUGUGAUGAGGAGAGGCUGGAUAUCAUGAAGGUUCUCAUCACUGGUCCAGCUGACACACCAUAUGCCAAUGGCUGUUUCGAAUUUGAUGUUUAUUUUCCCCAAGACUAUCCCAACUCACCACCUCUGGUCAAUCUGGAGACCACUGGCGGACACAGUGUGCGCUUUAACCCGAACCUCUACAAUGAUGGCAAAGUUUGUUUAAGUAUCCUCAACACAUGGCACGGGAGACCAGAAGAGAAAUGGAACCCACAGACCUCAAGCUUUUUACAGGUGCUAGUGUCAGUGCAGUCCCUUAUCUUGGUGGCUGAGCCUUAUUUCAAUGAGCCAGGGUAUGAACGAUCUAGAGGAACUCCCAGUGGCACCCAGAGCUCUCGGGAAUACGACGGCAACAUCCGACAGGCCACUGUCAAGUGGGCCAUGCUGGAGCAAAUGCGCAACCCCUCUCCAUGCUUUAAAGAGGUGAUCCAUAAACACUUCUACCUGAAGAGAGCAGAGAUCAUGUCUCAGUGUGAGGAGUGGAUCGCUGACAUCCAGCAGUACAGCAGCGACAAGAGGGUCGGCCGCACCAUGUCCCAUCAUGCUGCUGCUUUAAAGAGACACACAGCUCAGCUCAGAGAGGAGCUCCUGAAGCUGCCCUGCCCUGACGGACUGGAGCCCGACUGUGAUGAGUUUACAGAGAAGAGCAGCGCCCUCAUCCUCAAAGAGCUACCCAGUCAGGACACAGAAAAGCCUGGUGGCAGUCAGGACAGCCACUGCAGUGAGGGCCAGCUAUGAGCCCUUCCCACCUGCCCCCUUCCUUACCCUUCCAGCAUCUCCAGCCCUUACCCUCCUCUUCCUUCUCAUCCUCCUCCUCUUUCAUAGACUUGAUGGCUUCAGAGCACGAGCCAUCACUUUGUCCAUAUUUGUAUGUAAAGGUCUAAACAGAACAGCAGAGAACGAGGGGACGCGAAGGCGACAAGAGGAACUCUGGUCUAUGCUACGCCUUUAUUAAAGAGUUGACAGAAACUUUUAUUUACCUGUAAAGGAGUGUAAACAUUUUGUGCUUUUUCCAAUUGUGAAAUAACCACUGAUUGGUAUGUUAUUAAACUUGUUUAUGUAUACACAGCAGAGGAAGAUUACAGAUUAUAUAAGGGAACUACCUUAAGAGAAGAAUGUUUACUGAAUGUUUGUUUCUUUUUCUUUUGGACUGUUAGAGCAAGAACAGUUGUAACCAAGGAUAUACUGGUCUUUAAGGAUCCUAAAAAAACAAAACAAAACAAAAAAAAACCCGCACACACAGGUAACAUCCGAGAUUUUUAAAAAAGCCCCUCUGCUCAUGCUCAUCUGCGUUCUCUAGGAUCAUAUCCACUUGAAUAAAGGUUCAGAUGGACAUUCUUAAAUGCUAUGUUAUCCCUUUUACAGGCUCCAAAUUAAAGCGCCAUGCUCUGGAUAAACAUUUGUUGCCUCUCAGAACUCCUCCAUGACCGCUUUCCAUUGACAUGACUGUAGAUCACAGCAAGAUUGUGCGUCAGAGCCACCGGGGCAAUGUACUUUGAAGGCUUUUGCAUGUGUAUGUGUGUUUUCUGUGCGUGUGCAACAAUCCCCAGUGAGAUACAAAGCUGUGAUGUGCCUUUGAUCUACACCAUACCACCAAAUGCUCCCAACUGAUUUUACUGAUUUCUUUUGCUAUUUCUACAAAAAUAAGAAUAUUCUGCUCCAUCUGACAUAAAAGAAACUGCUUUGAUCUUUUUUAUGUUGAACUCCAGUGAACAAAAAAAAUGCACUUUCUAUUUUACUCACUCUUUAGGGCAGUCACAUUCUCUUUUUGCUAGGACAUUAAAUGGAGCUUGAAAGUA